CUUUGUACUCGCUCCUUAUCCAGCUGUCCCAACCGUGCGGAGCCCCCAGUCCCCCGAGGGCCAGCGUUUCCGGACCGCCCACCACCUCGAUCGCCCCUGCAGCCUCCGCCCGCUCAGAGCUCAGAGCCCCUCCCGCCUGCUGCGUGGCCGCCAGUCCCCAGUCGCUUCCUGAAAUGCCAGUGGACUUCACCGGGUACUGGAAGAUGCUAAGCAAUGAGAACUUCGAGGAGUAUCUGCGCGCCCUGGAUGUCAAUGUGGCCUUGCGCAAAAUCGCCAACUUGCUGAAGCCGGACAAAGAGAUAGAGCAGGAGGGGGACCACAUGAUCAUCCGCACGCUGAGCACUUUCAGGAACUACAUCAUGGACUUCCAGGUCGGCAAAGAGUUUGAGGAGGAUCUGACGGGCAUAGAUGACCGCAAGUGCAUGACCACGGUGAGCUGGGAUGGGGACAAGCUCCAGUGCGUGCAGAAGGGCGAGAAGGAGGGGCGCGGCUGGACCCAGUGGAUCGAGGGUGAUGAGCUGCACCUGGAGAUGAGAGUACAGGAUGUGGUCUGCAAGCAAGUGUUCAAGAAGGUGCGCUGAGACCAAGCUGAGGACCUGGGUCUGGAGGAAUGAGUGGCCUGGCCUGGGACCAGGCUCCCCCUCUGCUCAGCUUCGGGCAGAAACGUCCAGCCACACCCAAACAUCUGUUAGCAGAGUCUAUCUCUUUGCCUUUGAUUCUUUCCCCUUUUCUUCAGAUGAAGUCAUCCCAAUAAAAGCGAUCUCAUUAGGA